GUCCUUUUCAUCAGAAGUUAGUUUCAUAAAAAUUAUAAUGGAUGAAUUAUAAGAUACAGGUUAUCUAUUCACUGCAAGAUAACAACUGACACUAUAAAGGGCAAAACUUGAUUGAGGACCACCGAACUAUCUGAUCAAACCAUGAAAACUAUUAUUUUUGUGUUAACUUUGGCCUGUUUGACUCUUGCAGCCCCAGAGUCUCGCAGAUUACACCUUCGUCGAAACUUCAAACGAACCCAUUCAUCACCAAGAGUAGUAGGAGGAACCAUUGCAGAACCUCAUUCCAUACCGUACCAAGUUUUUCUAGAAUUUUACACAGAAACGUUCGGACAGUACUGCGGUGGUUCCGUCAUUUCACAAAACUAUGUUCUAACAUCUGCAUCGUGCGCCAAUGGUACCCUCGAGGUGUUGGUAACUCUCGGUGCUCACAAUAUCUUCAUCACAGAACCCACUCAAAUCAACGUCUACAGCACAGAUAUUAUAGUUCAUGAUCAUUUUGGCGAAGAUUAUGGCUGGUUUAACGACAUUGCUCUUGUUAAACUACCGAAAACUAUCGAGUAUAAUGAUGUUAUCCAGCCAGUUGCACUACCAAAAAGGGCUGAUGCCGAUAUUGUGUAUAUCGGAGCGGUGGGACGAAUUGCUGGAUGGGGCGCAGAUGAUGGUUUCGGGGGAAAAAUAUUCGAUCUUUUAAGAUAUGUUGAUACUUCAGUUAUAAGUAAUCUGGAUGAAGAUUGUCGGGAAUAUAUACCACCGGGAAGUAUGUUUUGCACUUCUGGAGAGUAUAAUGAUACGUAUGUGGGUCCUUGUAAUGGAGAUGAAGGCAGUGGUUUCGUCUCGGAUGGUGUUCUUAUUGGAAUAGUUUCCUUUAAUCUUUAUUGUUUGGAAGAUUUUCCUGGAUUUCAUACUAGGGUUGCCAGUUUCUUGGAUUGGAUUGCUGAUAACAGUGAUGUUGUAAUAGAAUAACAAAAUUGUUUAGACAGGUCAUCAUUUGUUGAUCCUGAAGUGUAAUAAAUAAACAAUUCAAUUUUAAAAACGAG